AUGCUGCGGUUCCUGCGCCGGACCUUUGGCCGCCGCUCCAUGCAGCGCUACGCGCGGGGCGCGGCGGGGCGCGGGGCCGCCGGGCUGGGGGACGAGCGCGACGGGGGGCCGCGGGGGGGACCGGCCGCCGCCCCUCCGCUGCCCGCCGCACCCGGGGGCAGCGUGUUCCCGCCCGGCGGCGGCCCCCUGCUCACGGGCGGUGCGGCGGUGCACAUCUCCGCCGCCGGCGCCGCCAAGGCCACCCUCUACUGUCGCGUCUUCCUGCUCGACGGGACCGAAGUGAGCGUGGACCUGCCGAAACAUGCCAAAGGCCAGGAUUUGUUUGAUCAGAUCGUGUACCACUUGGACCUUGUGGAAACAGAUUACUUUGGCCUCCAGUUCCUCGACUCUGCCCAGGUCACGCACUGGCUGGAUCAUUCCAAACCCAUAAAAAAGCAGAUGAAAAUUGGACCUGCAUAUGCUUUGCACUUUCGAGUUAAAUACUAUUCUUCAGAACCAAACAACCUUCGAGAAGAGUUUACAAGGUACCUGUUUGUUUUACAACUCAGGCAUGACAUUCUUUCUGGAAAAUUGAAGUGCCCCUACGAAACGGCUGUGGAAUUAGCCGCUCUCUGUCUACAAGCGGAGCUUGGGGAGUGCGAGCUUCCAGAACACACACCAGAGCUUGUGUCUGAGUUUCGGUUCAUUCCCAAUCAGACAGAAGCGAUGGAAUUUGAUAUCUUCCAGAGAUGGAAAGAGUGCAGGGGAAAGAGCCCUGCCCAGGCGGAACUGUCCUAUCUGAAUAAAGCGAAGUGGCUGGAAAUGUAUGGGGUAGACAUGCACGUUGUCAGGGGAAGAGAUGGCUGUGAAUAUUCUCUUGGACUGACCCCGACAGGCAUAUUAAUCUUUGAAGGAGCUAACAAAAUAGGCUUAUUCUUUUGGCCUAAAAUUACCAAAAUGGAUUUUAAAAAGAGCAAAUUGACCCUCGUGGUGGUUGAAGAUGAUGAUCAGGGACGCGAGCAGGAGCACACGUUUGUGUUCCGGUUGGACAGUGCCAGGACCUGCAAGCACCUAUGGAAAUGUGCGGUGGAGCAUCACGCGUUUUUCCGCCUGCGGACGCCGGGGAACAGCAAAUCCAAUAGAUCCGACUUUAUCAGGCUGGGCUCGCGCUUCAGAUUCAGCGGGCGGACGGAAUAUCAAGCUACCCACAGCGCCAGGUUACGACGAACCAGCACCUUUGAGAGGAAGCCUAGCAAACGAUAUCCGUCCCGGAGACAUUCGACGUUCAAAGCAAGCAACCCAGUGAUAGCAGCUCAGCUCUGCUCUAAAACAAAUCCUGAAGUCCAUAAUUACCAGCCUCAAUAUCAUCCAAACAUCCACCCCAGCCAGCCCCGGUGGUGUCCUCACUCUCCAAACGUCAGGCCAUCCUUUCAGGAUGACAGGUCGCAUUGGAAAGCAUCGGCCAGUGGAGAUGACAGCCGUUUUGAUUAUGUCCACGACCAGAACCAGAAGAACUUAGGAGGGAUGCAGAGUGUGAUGUAUCGAGAUAAACUCAUGACUGCACUUUGAGAGACUGAAGCAUCUUACUUCCAUUCACCAUCAUGGUUUCAUUGCAUUCCAUGAAAAGUGCCUUGGCCUCACAUGGAUGUGUUUGUACAAGUGUCUUUAAGGAAUAGGUGUUUUCAGUGUCUGUGUAAAUAUUUGAAGAUAACCACGAGAGCUAGUCAUAAUUUACUGCUGACUGCAUUCUCAGUAAAAUGAAGGUAGUUAAAGGCUCAGGAAUCAUUUUGAUAUUCUGAUUUUAACGUUGGAGUAAAAAUCUAUGUUUAUCAUAUUGCUGUGUACCUGAUAUUCUUUGUUAUUUAAUAAUGGGACCAAGUAAAACCAGAAAAGCUUGGGAAGAUAGCUCAGCAUGUAAUACCAUUGUAGGGAUUGAGAUUGCUAGGGUCCAGCCUCUGCCAUUGUGUGACCUUGGACGAGUUAUUUCCCUUUUCUUGGUCCCAUUUUUUCCCAUCUGAAAAGAGCAGGUUGGAUUAAGUGAUCUCUAAGAUCCUUUCCAACUCUAAAAUUUUGCAGUAUAUUAAAAUUUACUUUUUUUAGCCCAAGGAUAUACAUGCAAACUAAGUCUCAUAAGCAAACUGCAAUAUCCCCUUCUGUGACAGAGGGUUACCCUUUUCAGAAGCUAAAGUAUAUAACUUAUUAGAUGGUGUAUAAAUACAGGGAGACUUUUAAUUUCAUCUCUUAAAGCAGUUUAGUCACUUUGAAUUUUAGUGAUUGUACUAAUCAUAAAUUGAGUAGCAUCUGUUUUGAUAGAAUUUGCUGCUCAAAAUAUAAGAAUAAUUUUUAAUGUUUUAAUGAUUGGUGCUGCUAAUUUGCUUGAUUUCAGAAGACAUCAUUGUGAAUACACACUGUCAGAAUUGGGGGGUUGGUUUUUACCCUAGACUUCACUCUUUUAAAAAGCAUCAUGCAAUCGAGAUGCAUUAAUGGCUCAAAUUAAAGCAUGUAAGGGUUUGUUGAAGUUGUGCCAAAGCAUUCCAUAGUGUAGGCUAGGAUGGGUGUUGCCCCAAUUUUUUUCUUUUUUGUAGAACCAGAAGUCAAUAUGUUGUCUUUUAAGGUAAAACUUGUAUCAAUAUUUAUUUCCCCCACUUCAAGCUAUGAGUCAAACAUAUUUUUUUAUUAAUACAUAGGCCCGAGGUAUUUUUUCACUAGUAUUUUUGUUAAUUCUUGUGCCACUUUAAUAUAUAUGAUUGUAAUUUGGCCCAUUUUAAGCCCUUUAAAAAAUGUAUUGGCAUCCUUUGAGAUAUUUUAUUGCUAAAAUCUGAUCUUUUUUGGUUACCACAAAAAUUAUUCCUAAGGAGGGAAUCAGCUGCAUACUUUGCACAGUGGAGUCAACCACCUGCGAACUCUCCCUAAGAUAUUUGUUUACAGGUGCACCCCAUCUUAGCUGAUGUUUUGAUCCUCAGUGUGUGUGCUGCAUUACAAAUAAAUGUGUUCUGAAUCUUUUCAUCAUAGUG